AUGGUCUAUUACAUUCGGUUUCUCAAGACUCCUCGAUUUCAGGUGCAGAAGAAAUCCGUCUUCAUUUCCGCUUUGAUAUGCAUCACCACAGAUCUAGGUGACGACUUCCUCGCUGAAGAUGUGGACCUGAUUGCAACAUGGGCACAAUAUUCCUCACACAAAGCUUUAUAUCAAGAGCCAUUGAAAUGGGAGGCUAGUACACGCCAGCUUCCGGUGAUGCUGGGACCGUUCUCACCCAACGAUGUGGCCCAGAAGACAUCAAUUCUCAACAUCCAAUUACAAGACAGUCAAAAAGAUACAUUAAGAGUCAACUCCACGCCAUUGGUGAUGUCCGGAUGCAGCGCAUCUUUUGGACCACAGUCAGAACCGGCAGAGAAGUUGAUAUUGCGAGAGCUUUACGUUGCAGAUCAUAAGCAACCGCUGAAAAUCUGGGAGGAGACCGGCAAUAGCAUUGCGCGGCACAUCUGGGAUGCGGCACUGGCGUCAAUAAUCUUCCUUGAGCAAACGAUUCAAGGUACAUCCAAGGAGAUGCCCGCUCUCAGUCAGCUUCUCCAGGCCCCGCGUAGCUCGCCGCUCCAGGCCGUUGAACUAGGGGCUGGAUGUGGCAUCGUCGGCAUCGCACUGGCAACCAUGCUUGACCACUGCGACGUGCUCCUCACGGACCUGCCCGAGGUCGAGGAGAUUGUAACGCUCAAUAUAAAUGAAGCUCGUCCGCAACCCUCGUCGCGCAUCCACUAUCAGACUCUCGACUGGGACGACCCGCCGCCCAAUCUCUGCAGUCGGCCUAUUGAUCUGAUCCUGGUCUCCGACUGCACCUACAACGCGGACAGCUUGCCAACGUUAGUCUCGGUGCUAAAUCGAUUGGUUGAGACAUCCCCGAAGGCAUUGGUUCUUGUGGCUCUAAAGCGACGACACGAGAGCGAAGCGGUAUUUUUCGACCUGAUGCGGGCGGCGGCAUUCGCACCCCUGCAAGCCAAUGUUCAACUGCCUGCUCAACACGAGGAAGUAGAUCACAUCGAAUUAUACUGCUACCGUCGCCAGGCGGGCCCUGACGUGCCGUAG